AUGGCCACGGUAGGAGAAACUGCACCGAUCAGUAAUCAUACCAUUGACCGUUCAACAAAGGCUAAAGUAACAUUAGAAAACUAUUUCUCUAAUCUUGAAGCACAUCAUGCAGAAAGAGAAAACAGGUAUAGGUUAUUAGAACAAUCUAUGGAAGAAGAAGGGCUUUCAGCAGAACAAAAAAAUGAAAGAAGACAACAACAUGCAACCAAAGAAACAGAAUUUUUACGUUUAAAAAGAUCUCGAUUAGGUGUGGAUGAUUUCUCACCAUUAAAAGUGAUAGGAAGAGGCGCAUUCGGCGAGGUGCGUCUUGUCCAGAAAAAAGAUACCGGCCAUGUUUAUGCCAUGAAAAUAUUACGCAAAAUGGACAUGCUGGAAAAAGACCAGGUAGCCCAUGUGCGAGCAGAGCGUGAUAUCUUAGUAGAAGCUGAUCAUCAGUGGGUUGUUAAAAUGUACUAUUCUUUUCAAGAUGCACAGAAUCUUUAUCUUAUAAUGGAAUUUUUACCUGGAGGUGAUAUGAUGACAUUAUUGAUGAAGAAAGAUACAUUAACAGAAGAACAGACCCAAUUUUAUAUAUCAGAGACAGCUUUAGCUAUAGAAUCAAUACAUAAACUAAACUUUAUACAUCGUGAUAUCAAACCUGAUAAUUUAUUAUUAGAUUCUAGGGGUCAUAUAAAGUUGUCAGAUUUUGGUUUAUGUACAGGAAUGAAAAAGUCCCAUAGAACAGAAUUUUAUAAAGAUUUAUCACAGGCCAAGCCUGGAGAUUUUAAUUCUGGAAAUCCAAUGGAUUCUAAACGAAGGGCGGAAAGUUGGAAAAGAAAUAGAAGGGCUUUGGCCUAUUCUACCGUGGGUACGCCUGAUUAUAUCGCACCAGAAGUGUUCAUGCAAACAGGUUAUAAUAGUUCAUGUGAUUGGUGGUCUCUAGGUGUUAUAAUGUAUGAAAUGAUGAUAGGUUACCCUCCAUUUUGUUCGGAAAAUCCUCAGGAAACUUAUCGUAAAGUGAUAAACUGGCGUGAUACACUUGUCUUUCCUCCUGAUGUACCCAUUUCAAAUGAAGCUAAAGAAGUCAUUCAAAGAUUUUGUUGUGAUGGUGAACAUAGAUUAGGAGCUGGUGGUAUAUCAGAAAUAAAAUCACAUCCUUUUUUUCAAUCUGUAGACUGGGAUCAUAUCAGGGAACGUCCAGCAGCAAUACCAGUUGAUGUCAAAGGAAUUGAUGACACAUCUAACUUUGAUGAAUUUCCGGAAAUUGAUUUGAAAUUAUCAUCACCGCCUAAAGAAGAAGACAUCCCUGAUUCUAAAUAUAAAGAUUGGGUGUUUAUUAAUUAUACAUAUAAAAGAUUUGAAGGGUUAACACAGAGAGGUUCCCGAUCACCUUUAAAUAAAAGCUAG